AUGGCCCUGCGCUCCGGCCCCGCGGCGCUGCUGCUGGGCUUCGGCCUCCUCGGGCUGCGCGCCGGAGUGUCGGGUACUGACACGGAGGAGCGGCUGGUAGAGCAUCUCCUGGAUCCCUCCCGGUACAACAAGCUCAUCCGCCCAGCCACCAAUGGCUCGGAGCAGGUGACGGUACAGCUCAUGGUGUCCCUGGCCCAGCUCAUUAGUGUGCAUGAGCGGGAGCAGAUCAUGACCACCAAUGUUUGGCUGACCCAGGAAUGGGAGGACUAUCGGCUCACCUGGAAGCCUGAGGAGUUUGACAACAUGAAGAAAGUUCGGCUCCCUUCCAAACACAUCUGGCUCCCAGAUGUGGUUCUAUACAACAAUGCCGACGGCAUGUACGAGGUGUCCUUCUACUCCAACGCCGUGGUCUCCUACGAUGGCAGCAUCUUCUGGCUGCCGCCCGCCAUCUACAAGAGCGCGUGCAAGAUCGAGGUGAAGCACUUCCCGUUCGACCAGCAGAACUGCACCAUGAAGUUCCGCUCGUGGACCUACGACCGCACGGAGAUCGACCUGGUGCUCAAGAGCGACGUGGCCAGCCUGGACGACUUCACCCCCAGCGGCGAGUGGGACAUCGUGGCGCUGCCCGGCCGGCGCAACGAGAACCCGGACGACUCCACGUACGUGGACAUCACGUACGACUUCAUCAUCCGCCGCAAGCCGCUCUUCUACACCAUCAACCUCAUCAUCCCCUGCGUGCUCAUCACCUCGCUGGCCGUCCUCGUGUUCUACCUGCCGUCCGACUGCGGCGAGAAGAUGACGCUGUGCAUCUCCGUGCUGCUGGCGCUCACCGUCUUCCUGCUGCUCAUCUCCAAGAUCGUGCCGCCCACCUCCCUGGACGUGCCGCUCGUCGGCAAGUACCUCAUGUUCACCAUGGUGCUCGUCACCUUCUCCAUCGUCACCAGCGUGUGCGUGCUCAACGUGCACCACCGCUCGCCCAGCACGCACACCAUGGCGCCCUGGGCGGCGGUGGACGGCGUGCGCUUCAUCGCGGACCACGUGCGCAGCGAGGACGACGACCAGAGUGUGAGUGAGGACUGGAAGUACGUUGCCAUGGUGAUCGACCGCCUGUUCCUUUGGAUCUUUGUCUUCGUUUGUGUUUUUGGCACCAUUGGCAUGUUCCUGCAGCCUCUCUUCCAGAACUACUCCACUGCUCCCUUCCUGCACACAGACCACUCAGCUCCCAGCUCCAAGUGA